AUGUUGUGGUCAGAAGAGGCGGGAGCCAAAGUUAAAAUAAACAUUAACAAAUCCACGUCGGUGGCAGAGACAUCCAAUCAGUCUGAUACCCGCUCAACGGAAUCUCACAUCGGUAUUGUGAGAAAGCGCAACAAUACUGGAGAGGUGUAUGGCUGCAGAGCUGACGGAGAAUGUGGCCGAGGAUUUUACUGCUAUAUCCCUCGACACAGCCCCUCCCACUGCUCCCCCUGCAGGAGGAGAUGGAGGCGUUGUCAUAGAGAUACAAUGUGUUGCCCUGGCAAUUACUGUAGCAACUACAUGUGUACCCCACUGUCACACAGUGUGUUGUAUGCCCGUAUACCCUUUCUAGACAAUCAAAUCUCACCCUCUGUCAGAGGCGUUCAUCGAAGAAACAGAAUUCGACCAAAUGUUAAGCCCCUCAAAGGUGAGGGCGGGGAUGCCUGCCUCCGGUCGACAGACUGUGCUCCAGGUCACUGCUGUGCCCGGCACCUGUGGACGCGCGUGUGUAAGCCGGAGCUGGGGCCCGGAGAGGCAUGCACCAAAGCGCUACAGAAGAAGGGCUCCCACAGGGUGGAGCUGUUCCAGCGCUGUCACUGCUCCAGUGGGCUGAUCUGCAGGGUGCAGAAAGAGGAGGACACCCCAAACGCAUUCACUACUGGAGCUACACACACAGCUAUGGGCAAGGCUACUGCUGCUGUGAGAGCAAGACUGUAUACCUGCCAGGAAGAAUGA